AUGGCCCUCGUUGAUGACGCCUAUGAGGACUGGCUUCUUCUCAAGUCGGUCCAGCCAGUCUUUGCGUCCAAGAUCCCUUCAGUCAGUCCCGCACCGCCGGCUGGAUCCGUCCUUGAAGAUGUGCUCUGGAACUUUGAGACCAUGUUCGAAUUCGAGAUGCUGCAGGCGUCCGACAUCAUUCCCAAGGCUGAAGUCCUAGCCUUGUCGGCCAACCUAACUCAGCACAUCGUCACGGCACUGAGAUCCCUCCUCCAACUACUCGAGCAGCAUAUUGGUACCCAGGUCAUCGAUUUUCUCCCCACCACGGAUUGUAACUUACCAAAACUGAAAGCGUUGCAAUUUGAGUUGGCUAGGAGGCAUGUAAACUUUAGCGGUAGUCCUCUGGAUCACGCUGAGGAAUUAAAUCACCUUGUCUGGCUGGACAUGACUCUUGAGGGAUUCCGAGAUAUCGUCAAGAAGCUCCAAGACUUCAACCAGUCCGCGAACCAAGUCGUCUCCAGCACACUCAGGGAGGAGCAGCCUCCAUCCGCAUCAAAUAUUUGGAAUGACAAGGAGAUUCAGUCCGUGCUGGAAGCUGGUCAGACCUGGAAGAGCCUGGAUCGCAUUUUCGAGAGUUUGGUGGGUGCACUUAGCAGCUGCCGGCUGCCUCACGAUGCCAUGAUUCACCUGAGCGACCCGAACAAUAUCAAGAUGUUGCUGGCCUCGUGUUCACCUCCCCGUGCAUGGCGACGCACCGUCUGCAGCGUCAUCCUCAACCAGGAGUAA